UCCUGUAAAAAUAAAUAAAACAAUAUCAAUCCUCAAAAGCAAUGAUGAAGAUACUAAAUAGUAAUGCCUUUCAUUCUCAUAAUGAAGAUGAGGUGGGUUGCCUCGUCGGACAAGCACUUUUUGGUGAUGGAGCAGCAAUCAUAGGCUCAGAUCCUGAAACGCAGAUAGAAAAGCCUCUAUUGCAACUCGUUUCUGCGGCACAGGUUAUGAUUCUUGACUCGGAGCAGGCAAUCGAGGACCAUACUGCCGAAAUGGAGCUAUCGAUCCAUUUAUCAGAGGAUGCGCAUGAACUGAUAACCACUAACGUUGACGCGGCUCUUCGAGAAAUUUUGACCCCAAUUGGUGGUGGUUCAAGUGAUUGGAACUCGUUAUUUUGGGCUGUACAUGCAGGAGGGCGAGCAAUUCUUGACGAGGUAGAAUCGAAAAUUGGGUUCAAAGUAGAGAAACUUGGCGUUGCUAGGCACACACUAAGUGAGUAUGGGAAUUUGGCAAGUGCUUGUGUGCAUUCCUUGUACUUGAUGAGAUGAGGGAGAGAUCUGUCAUGGAAGGCUAGGCCAGUAAAGGGAAGGGCUUGAAGUGGGGUGUUCUAAUUGGGCUGGGACCUGGUCUAACCAUGGAAACCCUUGUAUUGAACUGUGUGUCCCUGCUGCGAUUACAAGGAAGUCGAGCUCUCGACUGGCUCAAUGUCUUCCUUCCAUAACAAGUGCAAUCCAAGCUAACAAGAUCCCUUUUUGCCACUUGUAUGAUUGUACUUGUUUUGCAGUAUAAACUAAAGGGUUCUUAGCUCUUCUGCUUACGACCCAAAAACAAACUAGCAGUCUCGAAACAAAAAGAAAUAAAAGGCAUAUGAAAAGGACUAGAUGAUAUUAAACAGGGAAGCAAACUUCGACAACAUUCAUUAUGCAGUAAUUUCUUAAAUUACAAAACAUUCGAUCCCAAACACGCAAUUUACCAUCCAAAAAAA